GGCCGGCAUGGUCUUAGGAGGUGCUCAGUUCGCUGUGUCCGUGUUGUGAAAUUAACAACCUGCAACGUCUGCUAAAACUAAAGGGACACAGGCCUACGCUCUAACCUGUUUUAUCCUGAAAAAUAGACUAGGCUAUGGCAUGUCCUAGCCUACUAGGACUGGGCUCCUCUCUCCAGGCGUGAAGAUCCUAAUUUUUGUAAUUAAUAUCAUAUAGCCUAAUAUGUCUACUGUGUGGUGUUAUUAAUUAGUCUAACUCCUAAACAACCUACAAGCGCACGAACAGACAAAUGGUUUCCAUUCUUCGUUUAUUCACCACUGGUUGUAAUAACACGCGUGUCCGCCCUCACCGUUGCUUAGAAACGCGCAUGGUUGCUGGUGCUCAUGACCGACCUUGCGUCUGUGCCCGCGCGCGCGCACCCUUAAAACAGAUCCACUAAGAUAGACGUUAAUUAAAAGGAAGAAGGCACAAGGAUAUAUAAACUAAUCGACAGAAGUAUUGAUAAUAGGCUGUAUGGAUGAUAAUGAGAUGUGAUCCCAUGGUUUAUUUGUGUGAAGACAGCCUCUAGAAUUAUGUCGACAUCGUUUGGGAUUACGACCAGACAUGGGAUGAAGAACACGGCAGGGCUGAGGUGUUCAUGAGGACAGGAGUGGGAAGUGGCGAGCGACCUGCAAUUGUGAACUUCUGAAUCAAUGGCAGCAGCCGUGUCAGGAACACCCAGUUGCGAGAACAGCGUGUGCCUUGGACGGUCGGAGGUUGCAUCCUGCUGCAUGGUGAUGACCAUUAGUGUGUGUCUCGGGUGAGAAGUGGAAUCGGCGUGCGUGUGUGACAGUGUGGGAGUCUGCAAGGGAUGCGUGCUUCUGUGUGAGUGGGUGAACGAGAGCGCGAGUGAGAGUCUGACAGCGCCAGCCAGCCACCGAGCCAGCAGGAGCCCCGACAAAAAAAAAACCACCCAGCUUGUGAACGCUGUUGUUGCUGUGCGGCAGGGUGCCCACCUGCCCAGACCAUGUGGCACCGCCUGAUGAGUGCCCGCCUGUCAUGUCCACACCCACCCAAAUGCCUGAGGACUUGCCCACUCGCCCUCUCUUUAUGGAUGCUCUUCUUCCUCGGGCCGGUCGCCAUGGUGACCGGCGUGACUUAUCACCCAGUGGUGAACACGCAGUACGGCAAACUGAGGGGCAUGCGGGUGCAGCUGCCCACCGACACCCUGGGGCCCGUGGACCAGUACCUGGGGGUGCCCUAUGCCUCGCCGCCUAUCGGGGAGAAGCGCUUCAUGCCCCCGGACGCCCCGUCCGGCUGGACGGGGGUACGCAACGCCACCCGCUUUCCUGCUGUUUGCCCGCAGAACAUCCGCAACGCCGUGCCCGAGAUCAUGAUGCCUGUGUGGGCCACCUUUAACCUGGACACGGUCGCCACCUACCUGCAGGAGCAGAGCGAGGACUGCCUUUACCUAAACAUCUAUGUGCCCACGCAAGGUUGGGCCAAGAAACAAGCGGAGGAAUCCCCCGAUAAGGACAGCGAGGAUGAUGACGGACUCCGAGAGGCGCGGGACGAUCCAAAGCCCGUUAUGGUGUUUGUGCACGGAGGAUCCUACAUGGAAGGGACUGGAAAUCUCAUGGACGGAAGUGUGCUGGCCAGCUAUGGGAAUGUCAUUGUCAUUACCCUGAACUACAGAGUGGGAGUACUCGGAUUCCUGAGCACAGGUGACCAGGCAGCCAAAGGGAACUAUGGCUUGUUAGACCAGAUCCAGGCACUGCGGUGGAUCAGUAAGAACAUCGUGUACUUCGGCGGAGACCCCAAACGUGUCACAGUUUUUGGGUCAGGGAUUGGCGCCUCUUGUGUGAGCCUCCUCACACUGUCCCAUCACUCGGAAGGCCUGUUCCACCGUGCCAUCAUCCAGAGUGGCUCAGCUCUGUCCAGCUGGGCCGUCAACUACCAGCCAGUGAAGUACACGCGCCAGCUGGCCGAGCGGGUGGGCUGCAACGUGCUGGACACCCACGACCUUGUGCUGUGCCUGCAGAAGCGGAGCCACAAGGAGCUGGUGGAGCAGGACAUCCAGCCUGCCCGCUUCCACGUGGCCUUCGGGCCCGUCAUCGACGGCGACCUCAUCCCCGACGACCCGGAAGUGCUUAUGGAGCAGGGCGAGUUCCUCAACUACGACAUCAUGUUGGGGGUCAACCAGGGAGAGGGUCUGCGCUUCGUGGAGGGCGUGGUGGACCCCGACGACGGCGGCGUGUCGGGCUCGGACUUCGACUUCGCCGUGUCCGACUUCGUGGACGGCCUGUACGGUUACCCGGAGGGGAAGGACACGCUUCGGGAGACGAUAAAGUUCAUGUACACAGACUGGGCGGACCGCGACAACCCGGAGACGCGGCGGAAGACUCUGGUGGCCCUCUUCACUGACCACCAGUGGGUGGAGCCCUCAGUGGUGACGGCAGACCUGCACGCGCGCUAUGGGUCACCCACCUACUUCUACGCCUUCUACCACCACUGUCAGAGCCCCAUGAAGCCCGCCUGGUCCGACUCAGCCCACGGAGAUGAGAUGCCGUACGUGUUUGGCGUGCCACUGAUUGGGCCAACAGAACUCUUUCCCUGUAACUUCUCCCGCAAUGACAUCAUGCUCAGUGCCGUGGUAAUGACCUACUGGACUAACUUUGCCAAAAGCGGUGAUCCCAAUAAGCCAGUGCCUCAGGACACCAAAUUCAUCCACACCAAGGCCAAUCGUUUCGAGGAGGUCUCCUGGUCCAAGUACAACCCCAACGACCAGCUUUACCUGCACAUCGGCCUGAAGCCACGUGUGCGUGACCACUACCGAGCCACCAAGGUUGCCUUCUGGAAGCACCUUGUCCCUCACCUCUACAACCUGCACGACAUGUUCCACUACACCUCCACCACCACCCGCGUGCCGCCCCUGCAAACCACCCAGAAUCCCCGCCCCAACCAGCGCAAGGCCGGAUCACCCAACACCAAGCAGCCGUCCGUAUCCACCCACAGCGGAGACAACCGGGGCCCGAUGGUCAUUGCCAACCCGCGCGACUACUCCACCGAGCUGAGCGUCACCAUCGCUGUGGGAGCCUCGCUGCUCUUCCUCAACGUGCUGGCGUUCGCCGCACUCUACUACCGGAAGGACAAGCGCAGCCGUCAGGACAUGCCCCCGCAGCCAACCACGCCCCGGCAGAACGCCUCCAACGACAUCAGCCACGCCCCGUCCACCAUCAGCGGCAACCAGGAAGUGGGCAGCCUGUGCGACCCGCUGCGGCUGACCCCGGCGUCCUCGCCAAGGGACUACACUCUGACCCUGCGCCGCUCGCCCGACGACAUCCCGCUCAUGGCCCCCAACUCGGUCGCCAUGACGCCAAACUCUAUCCCCAUGACGCCCAACACGGUAACCAUGGCGCCCAAUACCAUCACCAUGACCCCCAAUUCAUUGAUGGGACAUCCCAGCAUGCACCCUUACAAUACUUUCACCCAUGGCUUUAACUCCACAGGCUUGCCGCACUCUCAUUCAACCACUCGGGUAUAAACCCUCCCUCACCAACCUCGCCACCACCAUCACCACUUCUGUUACAAUGAGAAAAUGUACAGACCAAUAAGUUCCCCAAGGACGACAAGAUCAAUGAAGAAAAGGAAAGCUAAGAGAACCUAAAAAGAGGUUAAUUUGUAGUUUUAUUUUUAUUUUUAUUUGGUUCUCUUAUCUUUUCACCACUUCACUUACACCAUAGGACCCCUAGACACCACAGCAGUAGAAAUCCAUCAUACACUACUGUAUUCCUCAUUGUAUUAUCCCUCAUUCUUUGUGCAAUACAUGCCUGUAUAUUGUGCCAUCGUCACUGAAUUAGUAUGCCAUUGCCCCUGUUUCAGUCAUGAAUGCCACUUGAUUUUCUACUAACUGAAAAUAACGCUGACUCCACAGUAUUUAACCUACUACCACCCUUUAAUUCAUCACCAUCCCCACUCAGCGACCCUGUGGAGCCCACAGAGUUCACCUUGCACAGUGUCAAAACAUGUUUAAUGUUGAAAGACACCGUGCUAGUAGCCUCAUAGACAAAAUCACCUUUCAGAUUUUCAUUUAAUAGCUCUGACCCCGUUUUGACCCGCUUUGUUGUCAGUUUGUCUGUUCUACUCUGAAGACAGACCGCUCUGUCAAAGCUUACCAACAUCUGAUGGAAAGUUUGUUUGAUGGCAAAACCUUUCCUGUAGAUUGGACAUGUAAGGAUCCCUCUGAACCUCCAGGUACCCUCUUUAAUUACCUUGGAAGGCAUGGACCACAGUGGUUUAUUUUAAGAAAAAAAACUGAACUGAAUGAAAUAACAAGUCACAGCCCAUACGCUGACGAAUGUAGAAGAACCAGGUCAAACCAUGUAUAUAUUUAUAUCUCAAAAGCCACACGAGUGUGCCAAGCUUUCUAUGGACGUGAGGUGCUGAAUUGCCAAACCAGAACGUUCUGUUGUGCCAAACCCAGAACACUGCCUCGGAACUCUCAAAAGCAUUACCGCUUUAUCCUAUCCUGUUACCUUGGUCAUCAAAUUUACAAGAUUAACGGAGGAUUUCUGUAACAACACGCUCUUUGUCUCAUGCACGACAGCGGGAACUGUGAUCUUACUGAAGGCCACAGUGUAAAAGCACUGCAAUAUAUUUGUCAUUGUUAUGUAAUAUGUGUACAGCUGGUUUUUAAAAAGAAGUCCACUAAAGUUUUCUUUCUAGGCUUUUCCAGGCUUCUACAUUUAUGUGCAUCAAGAGAAGACAUUUGGUCAGAAAACUAAACCCACUUGGGAUUUUACAAGCAUUUCAAUCACUGUGUGCGUGCGUUUCCC